AUGUCCAUCAUCGCACAAAGUUCUAUGGGACACAGCAACAAUCAGUACAGUGGCGAAGUCAGCCGAGAACACGGCGACCUCUCCCGCAGCUACCCCGACAGCAUCGGGCGAGGCGGCGGUGCAACCCCUGGGCCGCAUGUCCCUUCGGAGGCGCGGCGUUAUCCCCAUACACCGCGCGGACUGGGAGUCCACGCGCUGAGCGGACCCUUCACAAGCGGCGGCGGCAGAAAGAAGGGCGGAGAGACGCCGGAUGUUCGCCUGCCUCAGCAGCAGCCUCCUGCCGCCCCUCCGCGCUGGUUCGGCGGCAGGCGACGCCGGGGCCUCGCGGACGGCGGCGAAGGCGGAGUCCCGGCCAAGCCGGGGAGGCGCGCGGAGAGCUCCCCGCCCGCCGCGGUAAACAAGGCCGCGACUCGCACUACGCACUUACCGAGAGCCGCGACCCCGCGGCCGCUGAGCCCGGGCGGGCCACGCCGGGUCGGGCCGGGCCAGAGGGGUCGAGUUGGAGCGCGGCGGCGGCGGAGGCGGAGGGCCGACCCCGGUCGGACCCGCGCUGCUUCCUCCGACGGAUCCGUCCCCGCAGCUCCGGAAGUGCUCGGCGCGGUUGCGUCACUUCCGGCCGGAGGUCGACCUGAGGUCUCCUUGGUCGCCACUGGCGCGGGGUUUGAGGGCUACUAGACUGGCACUUCCGUGCGGCUCGGCGCUCGGAUGCAGGGUCUGACUAGGGUACAUCCGACGCUAACGAGUGCGAGAGUCAGCGGAGGGUUCGGUUUACUGAGGAGUAGUUAAGUCAUCACGUUCAACGU